GAGUACGUUUACAGUCUGUCGAUUUGCUUUCUCCUUCAAACAUCACCCCAUCUCCUCUCUUCGCCUGCUUCUUCAAGGGGCUUUAAUGGUGUAGACCACGACAGUUGGUGCUGGACAAAUACUUCUAACAAAAAAAGGAUCCAGCAGGACCGUAACCCGUCUUCAUCUAUCAAAUGGGCCUUGCAGGACCACGAAAGAAAUCCAAGAUUUCGCACGACCCUAAUAAUACGAAUUGGUCACGCUCAACGACUAGCUUUGGGCAUAAAAUUCUCAGUUCUCAGGGAUGGACACCGGGCAGUUUCCUAGGGGCACGAAAUGCUGCACAUGCUGAUCUAUUUACCACCGCAAGUGCAUCUCACAUCCGGGUCAUUGUCAAAGAUGACACACUGGGCCUUGGUGCGCGACCGAGGCGGGAUGCGCUAGACGAACCUACUGGCCUCGAUGCUUUCAGAGGGUUGCUGGGGCGCUUGAAUGGCAAAUCAGAUGCGGAACUGGGGGUCGAGGAGAAGAAGCGUGAAAACGCAAAGCUGGCCCGAUAUGUGGCGAGCAGAUGGCAGGCGGUCAAUUUCAUAAGUGGUGGAUUCCUGGUUCAAGAAAAGGCCGAUGCCCGUGGCUCUGAGGAGCCAGCACAAAGCCAGUCAGAUACUGAAAAGCGUGCGAACAACGACAGUGCCGUCAAUGCCCAGGACCCGCCCGAAGACGAUGCUUCUGAGAAGUCCAAAUUAUCUGCCAUCAAUCAGACUCAAAAUGAUGACAGUCGUGGAAAGCAACAUACAGAUCCCCAGGCCUCCCGUAAGAAGAAAUCCAAGAAAAGGAAAAACGACGAAAGACAAGAAGACAAUAAUGCCGAAUCUUCGAGGCUUAGAAUCACGGAGCGGGACAACGUUUCCAAUAGCGACUUGGCCGGACAUGCACAUACAUCGACAAUCAACCCUUUGCUAUCAAAGGAACGUCGCCCCAUGGGUAGGCAUGUUUUCAGAAGCCGGCAUAUCGCACAGAAAAAGAGAGCACUCCUAGAUGAGAAAUCUUUGAAUGAGAUCUUUAUGGUCAAGUCCUGAAUUCCGUGACACAAUCGCAACGAAAAUCUAGCUUAGAUAUCCUUUCCCUUCUUUUGCUUCGCUGUCUCGAACUUUUUUUUUUCUGCUCUGAAUACCCAAUGUAAUUGUAUCAAGACAAACUCGUUGGUGAUCGCGUAAUAUGUAUGCGUCCGAUGCAAUUUCCAGG